GCCUCAGAAGCCCCCAGCAGGCCAGCCAUCCUCCUGAAGCAGCACCUGAAGGGUGAAGGUCUUGAUGGCUACCAUCUCUUUCCUCCUCCUCUUCCUCAUCUCCACCAGCCUAGAGUUCAAGGCUGAAUCCUCCUCAUCACGGGGGCCUUACCACCCGGCUGAGUGCUGCUUCCACUACAUCACGCAUGCCAUCCCACACCAGCGUGUUACUCGUUACUAUGAGACAACCAGCGAGUGCUCUAGGCCCGGAGUCAUCUUCAUCACCAAAAGGAACCAACCCAUCUGUGCCAACCCCGAAAAUGAGUGGGUCCAGGACCUCAUCAAGGAACUCGGGGAGAACUGAGGGGUCCAGAAGCACGACAGAAGGUCACAGCCCAGCACCCUAAAGAGAAAAAGCCAAGUGUCUCCUCCAUACCCAACCCCCAGCCAUAGCCAGCCCCUGGGGAUUUC